AUGGGUAGCUUCAUAUCCUGGAUCAAGACGAACCUUGGGGGCUCGCAGGGCUCCGACUCGCGCACGGGUGAGGCCCGCAGUCAGCAGCCUCAGUCCCUCUCGGGCAUGCUGAGCACUCUUGUGCCACUGCUCGUCAUCUCCUCCAUCUACAUCAUCAUCUUCCUCGUCCUGAGGCGAUCCAAGAGGCGGUUCUACGCGCCGAGGACGUACCUAGGCGCGUUGCGAGAGAGUGAGCGAUCGCCUGAGCUCCCCAGGGGCUUCUUCAACUGGUUCGGCACCUUCUGGAAAAUCCCCGACGAGUAUGCGCUCCAGCACCAGAGUCUCGAUGCCUAUCUGUUCCUGCGCUUCCUCCGCGUUUGCACGACAAUCACCUUUGUGUCCAUGAUCAUCACCUGGGUUGUCCUCUUCCCCGUCAACGCGACAGGCGGCAAUGGGAAGACGCAGCUGGAAAUCCUAUCGUACUCGAACAUCAACAUUGACACCCAAUACAAUCGCUUCUACGCCCACACCUUUGUGGCAUGGAUCGUCUACGGCUUCAUCAUGUACACAAUUACCCGCGAGUGCAUCUUCUACAUCAACAUCCGCCAGGCCUAUCUCCUGACGCCUCAAUACGCGAAGCGCAUCUCGUCGCGCACCGUCUUGUUUCUAUCUGUGCCUGACGACUAUCUCGACGAGGCCCGUCUGCGCGCCAUCUUCAGCAACGAUGCGGUCAAGAAUGUCUGGAUCGCGGGCGAGACCAAGGAGCUGGACGAUCUCGUGGAAGAACGCGACAAGGUUGCGAUGAAGCUCGAGAAGGGCACCAUCAAGCUACUCAAGGCCGUCAACAAGGAGCGCGCAAAGGUCGCCAAGAAGUCUGGGGGUCAGGUCGCCCAAGAGAGCGACCAGGACGCUGAGCACGGCAACAUCGCCGCGCGCUGGAUCACCGACAAGAAGCGCCCCACGCACCGCACUGGGCCUCUUGGGCUCAUUGGCAAAAAGGUUGACACGAUCGAAUGGGGCCGCAGCGAGCUGCACAGCUUGGUUCCCAAGACGGAUGCGGCCCAGGCCGAGUUCAUCGCCGGUAACUACAAGAAGCACAAUGCCGUCUUUGUCGAGUUCUACCACCAAUCUGACGCCCAGGCUGCCUUCCAGGUCGUCUCGCACCACCAGGUUCUGCACAUGGCACCCAAAUACACCGGCGUUAAGCCCGAAGAGAUUAUCUGGAAGAACCUGAACAUCCCCUGGUGGCAGCUCAUCAUCCGCCGCUACGUGGCCUACUUCUUGAUCGCCAUCAUGGUCAUCUUCUGGGCCAUUCCGGUGGGCAUCGUCGGUAUCAUUGCUCAAGUAGACACGCUGAAGCAGCUGCCUGGCUUGACCUGGAUUGCCGACAUCCCCUCGGUCAUCCUUGGUGUCGUGUCAGGUCUACUGCCCUCGGUGGCGCUGGCCAUCCUGAUGAGCUUGGUUCCGAUCUUCAUCCGCAUGUUCGCCCGCCUCGCCGGCGAGGUCACCGAGUCCCGUGUCGAACUCUUCACGCAGAACGGCUACUUUGUCUUCCAGAUUGUCCAGGUCUUCCUGAUCCGCACCCUUACCGACACGGCGUCCACGGCGAUUGUGCAGAUUGUCGACAACCCUAGUUCGGUCUUUAGCAUCCUGUCUACGGCCCUGCCUACAUCGUCCAACUUCUACGUCUCCUACUUCAUUCUGCAGGGUAUCACCAUUGCUACCAGCGUGCUGACCCAGGUCAUUGGCUGCAUCAUCUUCAACCUCAUGUACAAGUUUCUGACCGGCACCCCUCGCGCCAUGUACAACAAAUGGACUUCGCUCAGCGCCAUCAUGUGGGGUAGCACCAUGCCCGUCUACGCAGCGAUUGUGGUCAUCAGCAUCACGUACGCUGUCAUCGCCCCCAUCAUUCUCUUCUGGGCCACCUUGGCGCUCUUCCUGUUCCACCUGGCCUACCGUUACAACAUCCUCUUCAUGUCGGACACCAGUAUCGACACGCGCGGCCUCUUCUAUCCCCGCGCCCUCAAGCAGCUCUUCACCGGCCUGUACCUUGCUGAGAUCUGCAUGGUCGGCAUGUUCGCCAUCUCCAAGUCGCCUGGCCCCGCCGUCCUGAUGGGCGCCUUCCUCGUCUUCACCGUUCUCUUCCACAUUACGCUGAUGCGGUCCCUGGGCCCCCACCUGUCCGCCCUCCCUCGCACUCUCCAGGUGGAGGAAGAGCUGUUCCAGGAGCGCGCUGCUGUCAAUGGUUCCGACCCCGAGGCCGACUGCGGCCGCGUCCCCAAGGAAGAUUCCAACGGCAAGGCUGCCAAGCUGAAGGGCAUGGGAUCCAACCUGUUGCCCGGCAGCAAGCCCGGCGCCGCGCCCAAGAAAGGCAACUUCUUGAUGCGCUGGCUCAAGCCCUGGGUGUAUGCUGACUACGCGUCGCUCCGUAAGAUGGUGCCUCACGAGGACAUGGUCGACAUGCGCGCCGAGUACUCGCCUGAGGUUGAGCAGAAUGCCUACUACCCCCCGUCGGUGACCAGCGAGACACCCAUCCUGUGGAUCCCCGCCGACUCGCUGGGCGUGUCCAAGCAGGAGGUUGCCCUGACGAGCAAGGUGAUUCCCAUCACCGACGAGGGCUGCACGCUGGACGAGAAGAACAAGCUGCACUGGGAUAGCGAGAGCGCCCGCCCUCCUAUCUGGACCGAGAAGAUUUACUACUGA